AUGGCUCCGACUAAGAAGGCUCUCCUUUUGGGAGCCGGCUUUGUUACCAAGCCAACCAUCCAAAUCCUCGCGGAUUCUGGUGUCGAAGUGAUAGUUGCUUGCAGAACUCUUGAGAAUGCCAAGAAGUUGAGCUCCGAUAUCAAAAACACUCGUGCUAUCUCCCUAGAUGUGAACGACAGCAAUGCUCUCGAUGAGCAAGUCGGCCAAGUCGAUGUUGUUAUCUCUCUUAUUCCCUACACUUUCCAUGCCACCGUCAUCAAGUCAGCCAUUCGCAAGAAGAAGAAUGUUGUCACCACUAGCUACGUCUCCCCCGCCAUGAUGGAGCUAGACCAACAGUGCAAGGACGCUGGGAUCACCGUCAUGAACGAGAUUGGCUUGGACCCUGGUAUUGAUCAUUUAUAUGCGGUCAAGACUAUCGAGGAAGUCCACCAAGAGGGAGGAAAGAUCCUAUCUUUCCUCUCCUACUGUGGAGGUCUGCCGGCACCUGAGAGCUCUGGAAACCCCCUGGGUUACAAAUUCUCCUGGUCUCCUCGUGGAGUUUUACUUGCAUUGAGAAAUGCUGCCAGCUUCUAUCAAGGCGGUCAGGUUGUCAACGUUGCAGGCCCUGAUCUAAUGGCCACCGCUAAGCCGUACUACAUCUACCCAGGGUUUGCCUUUGUUGCGUAUCCGAACAGAGAUUCCACCCCGUACAAGACGCGUUACAACAUCCCCGAGGCGCAAACUAUCAUCAGAGGUACUCUGCGAUACGCAGGUUUCCCCGAAUUCGUCAAAGUUCUUGUCGAUAUUGGCUUCCUCAGUGACGAGGAGCAAAGUUAUCUCAAGGAGGCAAUCUCCUGGAAGGAAGCCACGCAGAAGGUCAUCGGUGCUUCGUCGUCGGACGAAAAGGAUCUUGUUUCGACUAUUACCGCUAAAGCUACCUUUAAGGAUGACAGCGAAAAGGCUCGAAUUUUGGCCGGACUCAAGUGGAUUGGCCUCUUCUCGGACGAGAAGAUCAUCCCUCGAGCAAACCCGUUAGAUACCCUUUGCGCCACUCUUGAGAAGAAGAUGCAGUUUGGCGAGGGUGAACGAGAUCUCGUGAUGCUGCAACAUAAGUUCGAGAUUGAGUUGAAGGAUGGUACCAGGCAGACCAGAACUAGUACUCUAUGUGAGUACGGUAGCACAGAACCAGGUGGCUACUCCGCAAUGGCCAAGCUUGUUGGUGUCCCAUGCGCCGUUGCUGUCCAGCAAGUUCUUGAUGGAACUCUCUCCGAGAAGGGUGUCCUCGCUCCGAUGAACAGCAAGAUCAACGGUCCCCUGAUUAAGGAGCUCAAGGAGGCAAGUUGA